AUGUAGUUCUUCGACAUUACAAAUUUAGAAAAGAACAACUAAAAUUUAAAAUCUAAGAGUAUUGUUUAGGUUCCUUAGAGUCCAAAAAAGAAACACUAGAUAAAUUAUUUGGAUAUGACUAAUUUGAAGUUUGAUUGGAUCAGAUUAGAUGAAAAAGAAUUGGAAGUUAUGAAGGAGGAUAGACCAAACAUCUACAAAUUCUCACUUUAAGAAUAGUUCUGUUGGUUUCAAAACCAACAUACUCACUUCACUUACCCACAACAGAUUGAACAUAAAAAUGUAAUAUUAUUCAAAAUACUAUAGUUCAUUGAAUCUCUAAAGAAACACAAAAUUGAUGAAGACAAAAGACAUAGCCUGUUAUGUUGGAUGGAUUACGUAAUGGGAUUUUUUAAUAAUGCUUCAAUUGAAACAUACUUUUUGGCAAUCUCACUUUUGGAUAAAUUUCUACAGUAGACCACAUUAGUACUAUCCAACUCGGACAUGUUGGUGAUUGGAAUCAGCUGUCUGAGUCUUGCCUCCAAAUAUAAAGAUCAUCCUUGUUUAUCAUCCUAAGAAUUGAUUUAAUUGACUGGUGAUAAAAUGGAUGAAUUUAAACUGGUAAAGUGCUAGUUUACUAUUUUAAAUACUAUUCAACAUUUAGUUGAAAUUCCUAAUUACUUUAAGAUUUUCGAUUACAUAAUGAGAGAUUUGGAAUACCGAUAUUAUAAAUUUAUCUCUUCAGAUGUUAUUUAAAACUCUUUAGUGAGUAGAAAAUUGAAAGCUAUUUAUUAGUGUAGUCUGAACUUAUUAAGGUUCAUCUCUCAAUAUUAUGAUACCACUCUUUUCCCCCAAAGUGCUGUUUCCUAUGGAUCUAUAUUUUACACUAUAAUACGAAUGGAAUUACUCUAAUAUUCAAUUCCAACAGACUUAAUCAAUGUGCUCAGAGAAAUACAAUUAGACUAGGGAAUCUUUAAUACAGAAAUUGUUUUGAAAUAUAUUUAUCGAUAAUGUCAAAAUGGGAUGUCUGAAAAAUAAUAGUAAUAUUUUAAAGAUUGA